AUGGUGACCACUCGCAGUCACACCACCACCCUCAACACAGACUUUUCCAAUCUUUUUAUUCAACUAAAAGGUGGUUCAAAGUCACCCCGUAAAGCUUCAUCGAAAGGGAGAUCUAGAAGAAAGUCCUCGUCAGCAAAAACCUCACAUUCUCCAAUCCGCAAAGCAAAAUCCAAGAGCCCUUCAUGGGAAAGAAAUUCAAUUUCCAAGGAUGGGCUCUGCGUUCCGCAAGUACUAAUCGAACAACUUGGACCCGCACCUAAACCCUCCACCAAGAAAGAGGGUAGACAAAAACCAUCCGAUCCCGCAGAACUCAUAAUAGAGGACGUUUGCAAUGGUAGCACAUUCUUCCCGUCGCGAGCUUGGGGUGAGAAAGAGCCUGUCGGACUGAGUAAGAUCGGGCGUGCCGACAAAGAGGUUGAGAUAUGGGAAGAGGUAUACCGUGCGCACGAGAUGAAUGAGCCGCGUUUACUGCCGGUCGUCGCGAAAUCUCUACAGCAGGCAAGAGAAGCCAGAGCAGCUUUGGAUGACACAUUGGAAGAAAAUGUGAGAGUCGGGGGCCCAGAUCCAGCAAGAACCGCAAUAAAAGAAAGGCUGGAUACCCUUGAGUGGGCACUCAACACCUCCAAAUUUGAGCCCGAGAUGCAGAAUAUCCGCGGCGCGAUCGUGGGCUACAUGACCGGUACAAUCCAGUACUCUGACCAUUACACCCUCAUGUACGCCGGUGAAAUUGUCGACACUGCAUCAACAUAUGGCGAAUUCGUCCGCGACAGACAAGAGCGUCUGGACCGCUAUGCCCUUGCCCACGGUCCGCACUGGCUUUGGUGGGAACCUCCCCUAAAGGUGCACCCCGAAGAUAAUCCAAGGGCAAUGGGAGUAGUCGCGCUGCAUCGAGAUGAGAACUAUACCGAUCUGGGUCAUUACCGCAUCAUGCAAGGAUACUGGAAGCGUCAAGGCUGGGUGAUGCGCAUGCCUCAACUCCAACAUGCAACUGAAUGGCCGUCGGCCAAGGAUCGUCAUGGAAAUGUUAAUACACAAACGGAAGGCCCGAAACUUGCAUUUCACUCUUUGCUAGAUUCUGGGGCGACUUUUCCAACCUUGCACACUGAGGAUCUCUUAAAGCUGGGGGUCGAUAAACAGCAGUAUGCGUGUCAAAGUGUAACCGCGCUCAGCACCGCGGCUGGUAUAGUCAAGACGAGAAUAUUUGAGCUAUAUGUAUGCGUCUUGGACCAUAAGGGGUUGCAGCUAGUAGAUGAAAGCGAUCCUGUCUUCCCGAUAGCACCCAAGUAUCUUGGCUCGCUAUGUCCGGUUGUGGAAAGCGCCGUCGCACUCCAAAUAGAUGCAAACGGAGUGGAGACCGACGUCCGACUCUCGGGAUUGCUGCCGUUCGUGGCAUGUUAUGUGACUUGCGCGCCUACUCGAAAUAUCUUGUGGCUGGGGGAAGAUCGCAAUGAUGUCCUGGGACAACAUCGGAUGCCCGGCCAGAAAAAGUGGGAUAUAUCGUUCGGUCAUAAGUUCAGUAACGGCCUUAAUAUACCAGAAGAUCGUUAUGACAACCCCCUUACGACGUUUGAGCACCGGAAUGGGAAGAUUAUCGAUUAUGACGAUAGAGUUUUGCAGCAUGUUAGCCAUGUUACGUUCAUGCAGAACACAGACCAAGAAGUUACCUGGGACUCCGAUCCAGUCGCUGAGUGGUUGGAAAAUAGCAGGAACCGGUGGAAGAAGUAG